AUGGAAGACGAGGAACAUGAAGAUGAAACAACAGUAUUAACAGAAUCUCCAAAAUAUGUUCAUGGAAAAUUAAGAGAAUAUCAAAUUCAAGGUUUAAAUUGGUUAAUUCAAUUAUAUGAAAAUAGUCUUUCUGGGAUCUUAGCUGAUGAAAUGGGGUUAGGUAAAACUUUACAAACAAUUUCAUUUUUAGGUUAUUUGAGAUAUAAUAAGAAUAUUGAUGGUCCUUUUUUAAUCAUUGUUCCUAAAUCCACUUUAGAUAAUUGGAGAAGAGAAUUUGAAAGAUGGACACCUGAUGUUAAUGUUUGUGUGUUACAAGGUAAUAAAGAAGAAAGAAAUGAUUUAAUUAAAAACACUAUAUUAGAAACAAAAUUUGAUGUCCUUGUUACAUCUUUUGAAAUGGUUAUUAGAGAAAAAUCUGCAUUGAAAAAAUUAGCAUGGCAAUAUAUUGUUGUUGAUGAAGCUCAUCGUAUCAAGAAUGAAGAAAGUGCAUUAUCACAAAUUAUCAGAUUAUUUUAUUCCAAAAAUAGAUUAUUAAUAACUGGUACUCCUUUACAAAAUAAUUUACAUGAAUUAUGGGCUUUAUUAAAUUUUAUUUUACCUGAUGUUUUUGGAGAUUCUGAAGUUUUCGAUCAAUGGUUUGAAAAUCAAGAAGAUGAUCAAGAUUUAGUUAUUCAACAAUUACAUAAAGUUUUGAACCCAUUUUUAUUAAGAAGAGUUAAAUCUGAUGUGGAAAAAUCCUUAUUACCUAAAAAGGAAGUUAAUUUAUACGUUGGUAUGUCAGAAAUGCAAGUUAAAUGGUAUCAAAAAUUAUUAGAAAAAGAUAUUGAUGCUGUUAAUGGUGUUGUGGGGAAAAGAGAAGGUAAAACAAGAUUAUUAAACAUUGUAAUGCAAUUAAGAAAAUGUUGUAAUCAUCCUUAUUUAUUUGAAGGUGCAGAACCUGGUCCUCCUUUUACAACUGAUGAACAUUUAGUUUUCAAUUCUGGUAAAAUGGUUAUAUUGGAUAAAUUAUUGAAAAAAAUGAAAGAACAAGGUUCAAGAGUUUUAAUUUUCAGUCAAAUGAGUCGUGUCUUGGAUAUUUUGGAAGAUUAUUGUUUCUUUAGAGAUUAUGAAUAUUGUCGUAUUGAUGGUUCAACGUCUCAUGAAGAUCGUAUUGCUGCAAUUGAUGAUUAUAAUAAACCAGAUUCUGAUAAAUUUAUCUUUUUAUUAACAACAAGAGCGGGUGGCCUUGGUAUUAAUUUAACUUCGGCUGAUAUUGUUGUCUUGUAUGAUUCUGAUUGGAAUCCACAAGCUGAUUUACAAGCCAUGGAUAGAGCUCAUAGAAUUGGUCAAAAGAAACAAGUUAUGGUUUUCAGAUUUGUUACUGAAGAUGCAAUCGAGGAAAAAGUUAUCGAAAGAGCUACACAAAAAUUAAGAUUAGAUCAAUUAGUUAUUCAACAAGGUAGAGCUGUUAAUAAAAAUUCUGCAAUUGGGAAUAAUAAAGAAGAUUUAUUAAGUAUGAUUCAAUUUGGUGCUAAAAAUGUUUUUGAAAAUAAAUCUUCAUCAUUAGAAAUUGAUAUUGAUGAAAUUUUGAAAAAAGGUGAAGAAAAAACUAAAUCUUUAAAUGAAAAAUAUUCUGCUUUAGGUUUAGAUGAAUUACAAAAAUUUACAUCAGAUCAAUCAGCUUAUGAAUGGAAUGGUGAAAAUUUUGCUAAAAAAUCAAAUGAUGGUGGAUUAACUUGGAUUAAUCCUGCAAAGAGAGAAAGAAAGGAACAAACUUAUUCAAUUGAUAAUUAUUAUAAAGAUGUGUUACAACCAAAAGCAACUCCUCAACCAAAAGCUCCAAAAGCUCCAAAGCAAAUUCAUAUGCAAGAUCAUCAAUUUUUCAAUUCUGAUUUAAAACCAAUAUUAGAAAAAGAACAAUUAUAUUAUAAAAAACAAAUCAAUUAUAAAGUUACUUUAAGUGAUGUUGAAGAUGAUUAUGAAGAAACAACUAAUGAUGAAAAUGGCUCUACUGAAAAAGAUCAAGAAUAUGAAGAUGAAGAUGAAGCUCAAGCUAAAAAAUUGAAUAAAAAGGAACGUAGAAAAUUUGAACAAAAAAGAAUUGAUCAAUCAGAAGCAUUAACAUCAGAAGAAGAAGAAUUAAAACAAAAAUAUCUUGAUGAAGCAUUUAGUGAUUGGUCAAGAAGAGAUUUUACAAAUUUUAUUCAAUUUAGUGCAAAAUUUGGUCGUGAUAAUUAUAAAUUGAUUGCUCAAUCUAUGAAUAAUAAAUCUUCAAAUGAUGUUGAACGUUAUGCAAAGACAUUUUGGGAAAGAAAUUCAGAAAUUGAAGGUCAUGAUAAAUAUAUUACACAAAUUGAAACUGGUGAAAAGAAAGUUCAAAAAUUAAUUAAUCAAGCAAAAUUAUUAAAAUUAAAAUUAUCACAAACUGAAACUCCAUUGAAAAAUCUUGUUAUUCAUUAUCCACCAAAUAAUUCUAAAAGAGUUUAUAGUGAUGUUGAAGAUAGAUUUUUAUUAGUAACAGUUAAUAAAAUAGGUUUAAUGACUGAAUUUUUAUUUGAAAGAGUUAAAAAUGAAAUAAGGAACAGUGAAUAUUUUAAAUUUGACUGGUUUUUCCAAUCUCGUACAUCACAAGAAUUAGCAAGAAGAACAAAUACUUUAUUAUUAGCCAUCACAAGAGAAUUUGAAGGUCCUGAAGCAUUGAAAAGAAAAAGAAAUAGAUUAACAGGUAAUGAUAAUACUGGUGGUAGUACACCAAAUGUUAGUCGUCAAGGAACAGUGGAACCAUCAAGUGCUGUAAAUGCAAAUUCAAAUGCUGUUACCACUAAUGGUGUGAAUGAUAAAGAAAACGUUAAACCAACUAAUCAAGCUGGAAUCGUAGAGGAUCCAGCAUCCAAAAAACAAAAAAUUGAAGCUGUUUAA